AUGGAGCUGUCGGAGAUAGAGGCUCUACCGAAGAAGAUCCUUCGGGAGGAGGCUGGGCGCGCCUUCCGACUCCAGGCCUCGGCAACGAUGGACAUGUGGCUGUGCAUGAAGCGAGCCAUUACUGCCGCCGAGCGCGCCAAGAAGGCCUACGAGGAUGGUCAGGCCAAGGUUGCCGAGGCUGGGAAGGCGCUCCAGGACCACGACCAUCUCCUGCAUGAUAAACAAGCUACCAAACGGCAGGUCAAGGCUUCCGAGGCCAAGCUUGCGGAAAUGCGUGCAGCUCUGGAGUCGGCGGUGACGGCGACGAGGGAUGCCGAGGCAGCUAAGGAGGCGGUCCAGGUGGCUCUUGUGGAGUCAGAGCGAGCUAAGGCAGCAGAGAUCGAGGCUGCCUUUCGGGAGGCGGUACAAAGUUAUCGUUCGUCCUCAGAGUUCUCCAACCUUCUAGACGAGGAGGUGGGCUCUAAGAUGGCGGGUCUGCUCUACCGUUUCAAACGGUACAACCCAGGACAAAAGCUCAACCUCAACUUUAUCUCCGAUCCUCCUCCUCUUCCUGAAAGUAUAACUGAGGAGAUGAUCGAGGACUACGAGGGAGAGGAUGCCCCAGAAGAGGCUCCUGCCGUCGAGGCUGCCACCGAAGAAGCUCCUGCCGAAGCCGCUGCUGACAAGGAAGGCGUUGCUUAG